AUGAUUUAAUCUAUUUUUGACUUUGGUUAAACAACAUCUACAUUUUGGCAAUAAUGUGACAAAGGCUUACUUGAUGUACAUUUAUAUCUUUCAUAAUAAGUAAUAAAAUGAGUUGCUGGAACAUGAAUUCUUUGUUGGUUCAAAGGAGAAAUUGAUUAAAAAAAAGUUUCUUGUGAUGAGUCAAGACUCAAUUUUUAGAGUUUCUUUAGCAAAUCUUAAGCGAGCACCCUUACUAACAAUGCAUGUUUAAUUUAUUGAAGCUUCUUCUGAUAACUUCGUUUAACAUAACUCUGAUGAAUAAUUUUUUGGGUUUCAUCUUUCUUAUAAAGGAAAGAGUUUAGAAAUAUUUACUUCAGAUAAAGAGAAUUAUGAUAUUUGGAAGUCUCAUUUUAAGAGAUUUGCUAUAUUAAAUAACUUUCAUGAAGCCUUUUUAGUAUUGAAGAUUAUUGGAAAGGGCAACUUUGCAAAAGUAUAUUAGGCAACCAAAAAGGAAAACAACACUUAAUAUGCUAUAAAAGCAUUUAGCAAAGAAUAUAUGUUACAAUAAUCUAAAGGAAUAGAAAGUAUGCUUAAUGAAAUAAAAUUAAUGAGAAGACUAAACCAUCCUAAUAUAGUAAAAUUAUAUGAAGUACAUGAAACAACAAAUUCAGUUUAUUUUGUAUUAGAUAUGAUUUAAGGUGGUUAAUUAUUAUCAAGAGUAAGAGAAACAGGUAAAUUAUUAUUAUAUCAAAGGCUUUUUAUCAGCAGAAACAAUGCAAAAGUUUGCUUUUAAUUUAAUAAGUGCUUUAAAUCAUAUGCAUGAAAAUCGUAUAAUACAUAGAGAUUUAAAACCAGAAAAUCUAUUAUUGAAAUCUAUAGAAAAUAAUAAUGAAAUAAUUUUAGCAGAUUUUGGAUUGGCAACAAAUUUGGAUGAUGAACCUUUAUUUAAAAGAUGUGGUACACCUGGAUUUGUUGCUCCAGAAAUCAUAGAUUAUAUUGAUGGAUAAGAAUUUUAUACAGAUAAAUGUGAUGUAUUUAGUGCUGGUAUUAUUUUAUAUUUACUAAUUGUAUUUAAUAUAAUUUAUAUAUUUAGACUGGUAAUAUUCCAUUUGUUGGAACUGAUCAAAAGUCUAUUCUCAAAAAUAACAAAUUAUGUGAAAUAGAUUUUAAGGAACGCCAUUUCAAAUUGGCACCAAUUUAAAUGUAAGACCUAAUUCAAUCUAUGCUUUAAAAGAAAGUUUCUUAUAGAUUAAGUUCUUAAGAAGUAACUUAUAUUUAUUAAAUAUAUUUAUAGUGUAUGAGACAUCCUUAUUUCAAAUAAUUAGUGAAAGAAUAUAAAGUAUAAACUGAAAAUUAUUAAAGCAAUUUAUUGGGAUAUUAAGAAUUUAAAAAUGCCAUUAAAAUUGGAACUUAAGAACUAGAAUAAAGAUCACCUUUAAACUUCAAUUCUUCAGAUUCUAUAUCUUCAAACAUUUCUUAAAAUAGACAAGAUUAAAGGAAAUCUUCAAUUGUUGUAGGAACUUCUAAGUUUAUUUAAUAUAGUGUUAAAUUGUCUAAACAGAAUUCUAAAGAAAUUACUGGUAAAUAUUAUAUUUUGAAUUAAGAUAUUCCAUCGAAAUAAGAACCAAAAAAAACAAGAGAUCUACAUAGAUUGGCUUUGACAAAUAGUUAUUUAAAAUAGAUAUCCAAUAAUUAAUUUGAAAAUGUUGAAGACCCAACUGCUGAAGAUUGCAAUGUUGGAUUCAUGGUGAGAUAAUACAAUUCAACUAGAUAAAUAAGAAUACCAGAUAAUACUUUAAAAAUUAAAGAAUGUAAUACUCCUACAAUAUUAAAAUUACAAUGA